AUGUUAGUGCUGGCAACUGGAGAUCUUCAUGUUCCAGAGAGAGCGGUGGAUAUUCCUGCUAAAUUUAAAAAGCUUUUACAGCCUCGAGGCAAAAUACUGCAGGUGCUAUGCACGGGAAACGUCACUAGUCCAUCGAGCAUUCAAUUCUUGAAGUCAUUGUCUCCCGACUUUCAAAUGGUGAAGGGCGAACAAGAUAAAGAUUUGUCGUUACCUUUGUCGUUGGUGUUCACUUAUGAUAAGUUGAAGGUGGGACUCAUUGAUGGCUUUGAAAUAGUGCCCAAGUCAGAUCCACUUGGGUUGUUGGCACAGGCCAGAAUGAUGGAUGUGGAUAUACUAAUUUACGGAUCAACACAUAAAGUCGAGGCCUAUACGUUGGAUGAAAAGUUUUUCAUCAAUCCAGGAAGUGUCACUGGAGCGUUUAAUGCAGAUUCUAUGGAUAAGGAAGAUUUGGAGAUUAUUGAGAGCAUCCUAAAGGAAGAGGAGGAAGUGCUUAAGAAGGAGGAAGAAAACGAUAUAAAGGACGACAACGAUGAAAAGGAAGACAACGAUGAAAAGGACGACAAUGGUAAAAAGGACGAUGAAAACGAUAAAAAGGACGAUGAAAACGAUAAGAAUGAGAAAGAGGAAAUGAAGGAGAAGAUCCCAGACAAUAAAGAGGAUGCAAAGGGUGCUAAAUCGGAUGCAGUUCCGGAAAAGAGUGUUGGCACGGAAGAAGGAAACGUGCUGGUAUCUGUAGAAACGGAUGAUGAAAACCUAGACACGACAGAAAUCGAGCCUUUCCUUGAUCCAAUUCCUAGUUUUUGUCUUCUAGACUUACAAGGUUCUACAUGUACGCUUUACUUGUAUACCCUCAUAGAUGGGGAGGUGAAAGUUGAUAAACUUACUUACAGAAAAGGGGAGCUGUCUUGA